UGUUAUUAUAAUAGAACUAUUGUACCUUCUUCAAAGAUCCUUUCCCUCUCUAACUCACAUAAAUCACAUUGCACCUAAAUCCGCAGAAGAAUCAUUCCCCACACUUUCUUCCCUCACCAAAACAAAAUAAAAAAUAAAAAAUAAACAAAUUAAAAUCUCAGUUCAGCUCAGCUUAUGGGAUCGCGGUAAUUCGACCAGAUCGGAUCCACCGUGCCGACUAUGGCGGCGCCGAGGAACCUGACGGCGUUAAAAGACGAAGAGAGCGGCAUGGAGCUGGAAGACGAUUCCCCCGCCGCCAAGAAACCUAAAUCGGAGAGAUUCCCGUUGAACUCAUGGGAAUUCGCCGUCGUCGUUGCCGUUUUCUUCGUCUUCUCAACCGGUCUUUUUUGUGUUUACCUCACCAUGCCCGCCGCAGCUUCCGCUAACCUCAAAUUGCCUCGUACGCUCUCCGAUCUUCGCAAACUCAAAGAUCAAUUUUCGUCUUAUGCGAAUGAGAAUCCGGCGCAGUUUAUUGUUGGGUAUUGUUCCACGUAUAUUUUUAUGCAGACGUUUAUGAUUCCGGGAACGAUUUUCAUGUCGUUGUUGGCUGGGGCUCUUUUUGGAGUUGUUAGAGGGAUAAUGUUGGUUGUUUUUAAUGCUACUGCUGGAGCUUCUUCGUGUUUCUUUUUGUCUAAGUUAAUUGGGAGACCUAUUGUUACUUGGUUGUGGCCUGAAAGGUUGAGGUUUUUCCAAUCAGAGAUAGCAAAGCGUAGGGAUAAGCUGCUGAACUACAUGCUUUUUCUGAGGAUAACCCCGACGUUGCCAAAUCUUUUCAUCAAUUUGGCGUCUCCAAUUGUUGAUGUACCAUUUCAUAUAUUCUUUUUCGCAACAUUGAUUGGCCUUAUUCCGGCCUCUUAUAUUACUGUCAGGGCUGGACUUGCUCUUGGGGAUCUAAAAUCAGUGAAGGAUCUAUAUGAUUUCAAGACAUUAUCAGUUCUUUUCCUUAUUGGUUUUGUUUCUAUACUUCCAACAGUUUUGAAGAGGAAGCGGGUAUAUGAAUGAAGUCAUGCUUAAUCCAUUUGUCAAAGGCCCGAUAUAGUGGAUCAGAAGGGAUACUAGUUAACAAGAUAAAGGAAGUAUUACUAUUAAUUGAAACAAUAGGCAAUGCUCCUUUUUAUUUCAAAUGGUGGAGCCUCUCUUUUUUACUCUUCUUCCUUUUUGAUCGCAUAGAGAGAGUUAGGGUAGACUUAGCUAAUGAUGAUCAAUAUAUUUAGAGCUAUGGCUCGCGAGGCUUUGGUGGAGCACUUAAAUUACUCCAAAUAUGGCUUUGAUUGUAUCAGGAACAAACCAAUGUGUAGAAUGUUUAUUAAUGUUGUUGGUGUGUCCGUCUUGCACCAGAUAGGAGCAUACAUACAUUUACUUUGUACUAUUUACUUUGUAAUAUUCCUUGUUUAUCAUCAAUUAUUACGAGAUAUAAUAGAGAACUUCAACUGUUAGUGAUUAA